AUCAUUGAAGAUCUCGAAUCACUUGAACGGCUUGACAUAUCCGGGAAUCCGUUUCUUUGUGACUCAGGAAUAGCAAAGCUUAUCUUCGCCGUUGAGGAUCGAUACAAAGUUGCUGCCAAGGAGGGCAAGGAGUUCCUCUUUGAAAACGCGAACGACACUCUCUGCGAUCGACCUUACACGUUACGACAUCAACCACUACUGGACGUCGACACAAACGAGCUACAACCUUACGACGAGAAACUCGAUACCACCACUCCAUUAAUGACCAGCACCACUGAAUCACGGGUAACCGCUGCAGAAGAGACCACACCGUUCACUCUUCCAGAUCUCUUCGUCGGCGCAAAAACGAACGAUACGCUCUUUAAAGAAGAACCACGACGUGAAGUUUACGAUCUCAACAAAGCAAACGAUCCAAAGAACGCCAUGGAACAGCAGAAUGGUAUUGCUUCGGCUAAUUGUUUCUGGCUAAAAGAUUAUGUACACACCUUCUACUGCUGGAUCGGAUUCUCAUUAGAAAGGAACAACCCCUACCACGGGAAAAGGUUUAGCCAUUCACCCAGCCAACCUUGCCAACAUGCUAUGUAA